CCACCACCACUAUGUCGAUGAAUAUCUAUUUCUUCCGCAAUCGGUGAUGCGAUACAAGAGGUUAUUUCAACUGUAUCUUCCACCUUUUGUUUCUUUUUUUUCAUGCCAAGUUCUGAUUGAACAACCACUACCACAAUUAUCGAUUUGUCUGUGAACGUCGCCACCAUGAGCUUUUGGGAUGUUUCUGCUUUCUUCUUUAGGGUUUAUCUGAAAAGUGGCGGCGAUCAGAAAACUGCCGCCACCCUUAUCGACUCAGCUUCCGAUAUCCAAUCUCCACCGCCGCCAACUCUCCGAUUAGGCUUAUCAAUGACAUCAAGUGUACCAAAGUCGGCGUCAUUGACCCGAUUGAACUGGAUCAAAAAUAAAAGUCAAAAAAGAAGGAUGUGGGUGAUUGCACCUCAUGAAUUCGAUGUACAAGCUGGUUAUGUAGUGUUUGUGUUCUUGAUCAAUCACACAGUUCUUGCUCUUUCUGAAGCAGGAAUCUUAUAUCAGAUGAAACUAAGUGAAAAUUCACAGCCCAGAUGGGUGGAGUACACACCAAUUCAAGAUUCUAUCAAAUCUCGUGUUAUAUCACAUAACAUCGAGAGGAUCUGGAUCUAUUUCUAG